UUUCUUCGCAUUCUGAAACGUGCGCACGGCACGGCCCUUUCCCGCAUUAUGAAGCCUAUGGGCGCUUUUCCGUGCAAUUCUCCACGUGCUAGGCACGGCACGGGCCGGUCUUUCUGUGAUUCCAGUAUGAACCCUGGGCGCGCCACAGUGCGGCUAUUUUCUGGCACUCGAGAAACCAAGCUUGGCACGGCACGGCACGGGCAUUUUUUCGAGCAUUCUGAAAACCAGACCCGGCACGCCUCGUAGGGAUUUCGGCUCGAGCAUUCUUGUGCAGUCUAUACGGUUGCCGCGUGCUCACGCAGACUCGCGCGUGCUCCCAGCGCGUGGCCAGGCGGGCCGGCGCGCGCAAACAGAGAGAUGCCGGCCGCGGGGGCCCGCGUUGCUCUGCUCGCGGUGGCUUCGGGGCUCGCCGCCGCGGCCUCGCUCGGCGCCGCCAGCGCGCCGCGGUCUGAGGCGGAGGUGGACACCCAGCAGGAGUGCGAGCACGCGGCCGCGCGCGUCGAGGCCCUUCAGCGGCGCUCGGUGCUGACGGGCUCUCGGGCCCCCACGGAGGAGGAGGAGCUGGAGGAGUCUCGCGCCGAGGCCGAGGUGGAGGGCAACCCUUACGCGCCUGGGCCCAACGUUUACCUCGCGACCAUUGUGGAUCCACGAAAUUUCCGGAGCUAUUGCCUGGACAUCGCCGGUUCCCCGCCCCACCCGCAGUGCGGCAGCAUCCAGGGCCACAGCUGCAAGACCGAGGGCGAGGACACCCAGUUCAAGUACGACCCCGACAAGCAUCAAAUCCGUUCCGUCAACUUCAAUGAGCGUUGCAACCCGCUGUACAGCGGGUCGGCGAACGGCAGAUCAUGGAAGGCGCAUCAUGGGGAUCCUGCUUGUCUCACUGUCCGCGGAGACCUUCAAGCUGGGUCCACCUUCAGCCUCACGAGCUGUGUCAGUUCCGGAAGCGACAGGCAGAAAUUCUCGUUCACGAGCAGGGGGCAGUUUGUGGUAGGCGACGGUUCCUCCUCCCUAUGCGUCGUCUUGGGAAUGAAUGCGACGGAGUAUACGGAUCAGGACUUUUUCACCCGCCCCGCAGAACUCCAGGACUGCGAGUCGUGGCCGACGGAGUUGUCCACGUGGGAGGUCCUUCUCCCAGACCACACCUUUCUUUCUGUUAUCGAUGCCAGCCCCUCCAGUUAGGGCCUGCCGGCAGUGAGGGACCAGCCUGCCAGUGGGAGCACAUGAUUCAGACCGAAUUAUCUUCUCUGCGGAGGUUGACCAUCCACGGGUCGCUUCUAAUUCGUUUGUUUUUUUCUUGUAAUUUCCUUCGCAUUUAUGAAGCAGCACGUGGAGGUCCUCUAGGAGCGUUCAAGAGGGUAAAUGUUGAACCCGAGAGGCAAGGUCUUGACCCUGGGAACCUGAGCUCCAGCCAACCCUGGAAAGGCUGUUCCACAACCCUGGAAAGGCUGUUCUCAACCCUGGAAACAGGGAAGGCCGAACACCGGAAACGCAAAGGUUGAGC